AUGGAAGCAAAGAUAGAAAAAAUAGCUAUUAUUGGUAGAGAUAUUGAGAGUCUAUUUGUAGCAGUGAGUUUAGCGAGUAGUAACAGAGAGGUUGAGAUUUUAGAUUUGUAAAUGGACCAUAAAAAUGAUGAAGAAUGCGUAUUAUUGGCUAAAAAAACCAUAGAUCAACUCAAAAUUUAGAAUUUAUAUGAUGCUAUCAUAUCCUAAGGACAACUGAUAAACCAAUUCAAAACUCACAAAAACGGGGAUGAGCAGAUUCAAGACUUGAAUGACAACUGCUAUGUACUUAUAAAUAGGAAUGAUCUAUCUAGGAUUUUAAGACAAUAGACAUCAGAAUUUUAAAAUGUGAAGAUCGCUUAUAAAUUCAAAAAGCUUUGUAAUGAUGAUACCCAAUAACCGAGCGAUGAAGGUUCAGCAGCAGAUGAUUGGUCAUUGUAGGAUAUAGCAGAAUCUUAUGAUAUGGUAUUAUUAGCAGGAGCAUAAAAUUAAAAAAUCUUAAAGGAGCUAGUGGAUAUAGGAGGCUCUAUUACUUAAAAUAAUAAGUAUUCAGAUCUAGCUCAAAUAUAAAUGACAUUAAGUGUCCCUUAAGAAAAGAACAGCUAAAUUCUACAAAAUAAUGAAAUUUAAUGCAAUUCAUCACUAGAGUUAUUUAAGGAAGGCGAUGGGCUUAUAAAAAUUUUAGAUAUUGGUGAAUUGACGUAUCUUGACAUUUAUAUCCCCUAUUUAAGCAACAGGAAAACUAUUUGUAGCAUCACUACAGAUCAAUAAGUGAGGGAAUUUCUCACUUAAUAAUAUCCAGAAUUAGGCAAGAAGAUUAAUCUCAAUAACUAUUCACUCUAAGGCAGACCUACUAGACUUGUUGAACUCACAUCUUUUCAGCCAGCUUGCAUUUAAAAUGUCUACCUACUAGGUGACGUAUCCACGAGAUAUCUUGAUUUGGAGGGAAAUAGUUCAAUUACAAAUUUAACAGAGGACAGUUAUUAAUUCAAUAAGCUUAUUAAGAGGCACGAAGGUGAAUAGGAAAAAAUCUCUGAAAAGUUUUCAAGUGAUAGAGCCAAAUACUAUGAAUAAUAAUAUCAAAGAUCAUUAGUGGUUGUAGAUGAAGUCUUUAGAGGAAAUUUCGCUGAGUAUUUACAGUAGAAAACAUAAGCAAAGAGUCAUUCAACUAAUUCAACCUAAUCAAUAGGGGACACUAAAUUGUCGAUAUUAAGUGAUGAAAAUCUAUGUAAAAGUCUUUAAGAUCUAGAUAAGAGUGAUGUUGACUGGAAUCAAAUUUGCUUUGAGCCCUCAAAGUAGACAUCUAUGAAGUAGCCUAUGCCAUAUUUCGUGUUUGAGGUGGCUAAAUUUGACCCAACAUAGCCAAUUAAGAAUGGAAAGACUGAAUUAAACAAAGCUGUAAUUGAUGUUAUUGAGAAAGGUGCAUAUAAUGGUUACACGCAUCAUUAAGGGGCAAUGGAGGCUAGAUAGGCAAUUGUUACAAAGUAUUCUCAUCCAGAGUUUCCUUUCACACCAAGAGACGUCUUUUUAACAUUUGGUUGCCAUGGUGCAAUGUUUGCCUCAAUGUCAGUACUUUGUAACAGAGGAGAUAAUAUUCUUAUUCCUAAUCCAACUUUCCCAUUGGCAGUCACUAUUUGCCAAAAUCUAGGAAUUGAUUCUGUCUUUAAUAAAGAGCAUUAGCUUAAAAUCUUAGAAAUUGCCCGCAAGUAUAAGCUCCCUAUCCUAGCUGAUGAAGUCUAUUUUGGAAUAGUCUAUCCAGGAAAAGAAUAUCAUCCAUUUGCAAAUCUUAGUAAGGAUGUUCCUAUCUUGAGUAUUAACUCCUUAUCCAAGACUUGCCUUCUUCCAGGAUGGAGAUUCGGUUGGGUUAUAGUCUAUAACAGACAUGGUUAUUUUGACAAGGUACUCCAUCACUUGGACAACAUAUAAAAGAUGAUCUUCCCUCCAGCAUCAAUUGUGCAAUACGCUUUACCUAAAUUAUUUGAAUGCUACAAUGAGGAAUACUACAACUCAAUAAAUGCAAGACUCGGAGCAAUGGCUGAAUAUGUAUUUGAAGGUUUAAACAAUAUCAGGGGUAUCUAACCAAUUAGGACAAGUGCUGGUAUGUUCAUGAUGGUAAAGAUUCUUUCUCACAAGCUUAGAGACAUUGAGGACGAUUAAGAUUUCUGUCUAAAGUUCUUUGAGGAAUAAUCAGUACUUACUCUCCCCUCUUGGUGCUUCUAUUCAAAUGGGUUCUUCAGAAUUGUAAGGAAAUCAUUUGUGCUAAUCUUAACAUAGUACAUAUUUAUGUCAAGAGAUGUCUUUGAAGAGUUUAAGUCUCGUCUCAUUAACUUCAUUGAGGCAAGAUACAUAGAUAUCUAAUGA